UUUCUAAUCUGGUUUCCGAUGUUAGGGAUACAGGCUGAUUAUUACCUAGAUGGCGGGAAAAGUUGACAAGCAGAUCAUAAAUUAAUAGCUGAUUGUAGAUAUUUAACAAUUGCUUCUUCAAUUGCUGAUCGGUAGAAUUAUAUCAAGUUUCAAACGCACACUAAAACACACUAUAUACCUCAAAGUUUUUCUUGGAGACUUAGCUCAGGAUAUGAUUUGAGUUUAACGUGAUCAAAAAGAGAGAGCAAGUAUGGAUGAACCAGAUGGCGAUCUUGUGAAGCGGGAAGUAAUUACAUCCAAAGAUAUCAGAGAGGAAGAAUUGAAAAAAGAGGGAGGAAAGAAAGAAGAAACAUUAGGACAAGAACUUGACAAAGGACCAGAUGGGAAUCUGGCAAAACAGGAAGUUGUUAUUACAAAGGAGAUGGUACAAGAAGAGGAAGCAUUGGAAAAAGAGGGGGAAAAGGAAGAAGAAAAGUUACGUCAAGAACAUGACAAGACUUGGCAGGACCUGAAUGCAGAGGACAGAGAACAAAGGUAUAAAAGACUACAAUUUCUCCUUAGUAAGAGUAAUAUGUACACACAGUAUUUACUCUCAAGGAUGGAAAAACAGAGGGAAGAACAAACAAAAAAGACAGAAAGAAUCAAGAAAAAACAAAAUGAAGAUUUACAGAAAAAACAGAUUGUAAAAAGUGAACCAAAUGUAACAGAGAAUAACAACUCUUCCAAGCCUGAAGACAUAUCAACCCCUAUGUCGCCAGAAAACAAGGAUAAAUCGGAAACAAAUGAAACUGCAGAUGAUCCGGUUUUAUCACCAGGUCCAAGGAGGAGUGGUAGAGGCAGUAAACUUAAAAACUCCCAGGAUAGUCCAAGUAGUCAAGGUAACAAAAGAGGGAGAAAAAGAAAAGCAGAUUCUGCAGCAAAUUCACCAAAAAUAUCAGAAAUUUUCAAGAAACAGAAAACAGCAGAGAUUAAGACAGAAGGGGAGGAGUCCAUUAAUCAGGAAGAGAAGAAAGAUAAAGAAAACUGUGAGGAAAACCCAAAUCAACUGUCCAAGGAUAUUAGCAUUGAUGAUAGAGUAACUCAGAAAACUGAUUCUGUAGAUUCUCAUGUAGAGAAAGAUGGACCAGGAUUGGAAGAUGAAGAUUCUGGUGUACCUAAAUUGUUUACGGGUGGAGAAUUAAGGGAUUACCAGUCUCAAGGUUACAACUGGCUCAAGUGUUUGUAUGAGAAUGGUGUUAAUGGAAUUUUAGCUGAUGAAAUGGGCCUGGGUAAAACUGUACAGUGUAUAGCAAUGAUGGCUCAUUUAGUAAAUAUGGGAGUACCUGGUCCUUUCUUAGUUGUAACACCUUUGUCUACACUACCAAACUGGCAGUCAGAGUUUCAAAGAUUUGCUCCAAAGGUACCAACAGUUCUUUACCAUGGAAACCAAAAUGUUCGGCAUGGAUUAAGAAGGAAGAUAUCUAAACGUUAUACAAUAAGACAAGGUAUUGAAGUUAGACCAGUAGUCCUGACAUCUUAUGAAAUGACUAUCAGAGACAGACAAUUGUUACAGAACUAUGAGUGGAAGUAUUUGAUAGUGGACGAAGGACAUAGAAUAAAGAAUACUAAUUGUAGGCUGAUUAGAGAACUUCGUUUGUACAAGAACACACACAGACUUCUGUUAACUGGAACUCCACUUCAGAAUAAUUUAUCAGAGUUAUGGUCCCUGCUUAACUUCCUGUUACCGGAAAUAUUUGAUGAUCUUGGAAGUUUUACAGAUUGGUUUGAUGUAGGAAGACUAGGUGGAGAAGAUGCUGACAAACAGAUAGUUAAAGAGGAACAACAGAAAAAUAUUCUAUCAAUGUUACAUCAAAUUUUAACACCAUUUAUGUUAAGAAGACUGAAGCAGGAUGUUGAUUUAAAAAUUCCACCAAAGAAAGAGAUCUUAGUGUAUGCUCCUUUGUCAGCAGUACAGUCUGAGUUUUAUGAGGCGACUGUUAAUAGAACUGUCCUGAAAAUGAUUGAAGAAAAAAAUACACCUGUAGUAAAACAAGAAGUAAAUGAAAAUGGACGAUUAGUGAGGAAAUCUAAGAAGAAAGUUCAGUAUGAUUUAAUGAUAGCUUCUGAGAAAGAUUUAGAUGAAACACCAAAGAAAAAGAAAAAAAAUAUUGAAAAAGACGAAGAAGAGUUGGAAAGUUGGGUUCAGGCAAUCAUUGAUAGUCAGGAGUCUGCUGCAGCAAAAAACACAGUUGCCACCCCUAAAACCUCUCAGGUGACAGUACGAUUACAGAACAUUAUGAUGCAGCUGAGGAAGUGUUGUAAUCAUCCAUACCUCCUGGAGUAUCCUUUAACACCAGAUGAACAAUUCAAAAUUGACGAAGACCUUGUAAAAUCCUGUGGCAAAAUGGUGUUAUUAGAUAGAAUGCUUAAUCACUUAAAAAAAGCAGGACAUAAGGUACUGAUAUUUUCCCAGAUGACUAAGAUGUUAGAUAUCCUCACUGAUUAUUGUUAUCUGAGGAGUUACUCUUAUUGUCGUCUGGAUGGUGGAUACUCUCUGGAUGAAAGAAAAGAACAGAUGGAUGCAUUUAAUGCAGACAAAGAUAUGUUUAUAUUCCUUUUGAGUACUAGAGCUGGAGGACUUGGAAUUAAUCUAACUGCAGCUGAUACAGUUAUCCUCUAUGAUAGUGAUUGGAAUCCUCAGUGUGAUCUUCAGGCCCAGGACAGAUGUCAUAGAAUAGGACAAACUUCACCCGUUGUUGUGUACAGAUUUGUUACAGCUAAUACUAUUGAUCAGAGAAUUGUGGAAAGAGCUGCAGCUAAAAGGAAGUUAGAAAAGAUGGUUAUUCACAAAGGAAAGUUCAAGACUGGUAUAAAAGACUUUAGUACCAAGUUUCAACCUCUUACUCCACAUGAAUUACAGGACUUGCUUAAAAGUAGAGAUCAUCAGAUGGAAAUGAAAGGGAAAGAUGAGAAAUCUGGUAUAAGUGAUAAUGAUUUGAGGAUUAUGUUGGACAGAUCAGACUUGAUUGAAAAGUGGAAUCUUCAGAAUGCUGAUACUAGUGAUAAAGGUAAGUUGAACUCAAAGAAGGUCAAGACAACAGGAUCUUCACAAAAAGGAGUUCAAGGACUAUUUAAAGUGAUAGACAAUGACAUUGACCUUGACCAAGAAUCUGUAAAUGAAGAAGAAAUUAAAGAACUAUCAGAUAUGGCUGGCUUAUAAUCUUUAAAAGAUGGCUGAAGAUCAUUGGAUGCUUGGAUGCUGGAGAAUAAUGAAGGCAGAAGAACAUUCAGAUUCAGGAGAAAAAAGUCCACAAAAGAAAAGGGAAGAACACUUCAUUGAUAUGAAAUAAGAACUUGUUUUGGAGAAAAUAAUAUAGUGUCUCCCAUGUUUAUAGUGGUCAGGAGAUACAUUAUACACAGCUUAAAAAUCGUAAAAAGCUCAUUAAACCAUAAUAAUGCAUCUUUGUCAUCCUACCUGUUGAUUCUUUUGAAGCUUUUGUGAUAACAAGUUAUAGUUUUAAACAAUGAAAAACUUUGAUGCAAUUGAUUUUAUGAUGUUUAUAAUAUUUUUAGUAUACAUCGUCUAUCUAAAUGAAUAUUUUAGUGCCCAAGAGCUAUUGCAAUAAAGAAUUAAAGAAAUAUGUCUGUUUUCUGCAAUAAAGAACAGUUGGUUGGUA